CCAAAGCCCGGCUCCUUGACGUCAAUUGCGCUCCGUACGUAAGUGCGAAACCUGCCGCCUCGCGACUUAUUUACCGCAUCUCACACGAAACCCCAGAGCAACGUCUGCCACCAUGUCCGAGACCGCCGCCCCUCGCUCUCCAAGCGCCAUUUCCCGGCCCGUCAGCGAAGCGCUUCUCAACGAGAAGUGGGAUCGCUGCCUCUCCAACCUCCUCGUCAAGUCCACCCUUGGUCUCGGAUUCGGCGUCGUCUUUUCUGUCCUCCUGUUUAAGCGAAGAGCUUGGCCCGCGUACCUCGGCGCCGGCUUUGGUGCCGGACGAGCCUACGAGGAGUGCAACUUCAACCUGAAGCAGGCCGCUCGAGACCUGAAGAAGCCCUCGGCAUAAAGAAACAAAAUAAGGGACGAAGAGAGCUGUGGUUAGGAGAGGGAAGAUACAAAAAAGGAGAAAUGGUGGACCGGAAGAAAAAUCCCAGUGGUGUAUAAAUUGCACGGACGAGGAAAUAGAAGAUGGCACCGGCCGAUGAGGCAUAGAGGCUGCGUCGCGAGCUAUUUUGGUCGGACAGCAUCAAAUUCUGGUGGACAAAUCAAAGUUUACUGGUUUUUAUUUUGUUUUGUUCUACUAUGUACAACAAUUUUUAUCCAAACGAUCUCGAUCCUCAAAACGCCGGCCCCCAUGACACGUGAACACCGAAGCUCAACAUCUCGACACAUAAAUAAAGCGACGAACCGCAGUCUGUUUGUUGGUGUGUUUGGUUUGUUUGGUUCUUCCAAGCUGCAUACAAGCAAAUCAUCAAUCAUGCGAGCUGAUCUCUUUUGUUAUUUCCAUUCAUGUCGUCGUCUCUUCCCUUCCUAUGACAGGGUUGUUUUUUUCGUAAGCGGGCACAAGCCAAUUCCAACGCCAAUUCCAAUGCAUAAACGCCGUUUAAAUGCAGCUCCAAAAAUGUUUCGAUAUGAAAGCUCUCUACCAGGAAAUACCUAGGUAGAGAAGCUAGUCUUUUUGUGGUGGUAGACAAGACCAUGAGCUCCUCAAUGGAAGCAAUGCAUUGCGAAUUUUCUGAUAUUGUAAAAAAGGAAGACAAAUGACCCAGAGCCAAGGUUGGGGCUUUCAAUGGAUGGUGCCCUUGUAUCCUCGCGGCAGACCUCUGUUUAGGCAGCGCGACCGAGUCUUAUAGGAUUCGGCACUUAGGCUUAGCUUGCGGGAUUGGCUGUAGACAUCGAGAUUGAAGAGAAUAAUGGCACCAAGCACCGACACGAGGAAGAGCACCUCGGCAGCGAGAAGCAUAAUCUCGAGCCGGAUGUCUUCCAAAGAACGCUGGAACUGCACUUCAGACAUUUUCGGCGAUGAUGUUGUGUGUUGUGUUUAUGUUUGUGUUUGUGUCUGUGUCUGUGAAUGACGCUGACGCUGAUGCCCAAACUGUCGGUGUGUAGUACAUGGACAGCCUCAAAGACGGGGAAUUGGGAAUGAUAGCCUUAUCAGCUUCUGGCGUGGGUGCAAGUGGAAAG